AUGAUCCACACUUUCGAGGCGGAGUUUCCAAAACCAGCGAGCUCCCCGCUGGGAAUACAAUUGUCCCUGGUCAACACACCUGACCGUGAAGGACUUGUAGUUGAGAAGGUGGCAGAAGGAGGGGCAGUGGAUACCUACAACAAGAAAAGCCCAGAGGGCUAUAGAAUACAAGAAGGUGACUUGGUGGUGAAGGUCAAUGGAGUCCCGGCUGAUAGCCUCUUGGCCCACCACAUGCCAGCGAUAGCUGGAAAGGUCAUGGAGGCAUCAACCAUUCGGCUGGAGGUAAGAAGAUAUUGCGCAGGCCCAAACAUGCCUGCCGCUGGCACCACACCUCCGUCUAAGUCUCCUAACCUGCUGCCGCCUCCGAACUUUCAGGACCCGCCAGCUCCAGGUGGGUGGGCAGGGACACAGGUGUCCGCGCAGCAAGGUGCUGACGCCGACGCCGGUCAAGGUGCAGUGCGUGCCCCGUGGAAGGGGAUGCAAGGGCAAACGACACCUUUCUUGGGCAUGGACCCGUCGAAUGCGCCUGAUUCCGCAGCAUGUGCACAGGCUCCGAAUCAAGCAGAGGUAGACAAUCUGUUGAUGCAGGGACAGCUCGCAAGAGCAAUGGGCAUGCCGCUUCCAGGCGGACCUGGUUGCCAGGGCUGCGGAGGUGGCUGUGGCGGUGGCUGUGGCAGCGGCUGUGGCUGCGGCUGCCGUAGCAGUGGUUGUGGCGGAUGCGGCGGCUGCGGGUGCAGCGGUUGCGGAGGUUGUGGUGGCUGUGGGUGCGGUGGCUGUGGCUGUUGUGGUGGCCAGUGCCAGAACAAUCCUUGCGGCUGUGGUGGGUGUGGCGGAUGUGGCUGUGGCUGUGGCCCUGGUGGACAUUGCGGGUGUGGCGGAUGUGGUCAGUACAGUGGAUGUGGGGGAUGUGGAGGAUGUGGCCUGCAAGACGGCAGCAUCAGUGGCAUCCAGACAGGACUCGCUCAACUACAGCAGCAGCUUCAGCUCCAACAGCAGCAAUUGCAGCAGCAGGUGAUGCAGUCCCAGGCGAACGUUCUCAUGUCACCACCACCGCCGCCACCUCUGCCUCCUAACACACCUCAAAUGCCAAGGACCCCUGCACAGCUGCCGAUGAACAUCAAUGCGCUGAGCAAACAGGCGGUGCAGCUGCAGCAAAAAAUUGCGCAGCUGCAGCAACAAUUGGGUCUCAUGGGCUUUGCAGAUGGAAAUCAGGCCCAGGCCAUUAUGGGCGAGGAGGAGCCGGCUGGAGCUGGAGCUGAAGGUGCAGCAGCCUUCAACCAAGGCCGCAUGCCACAGCAGCCAGAUACGAACCUGGCCUCUCAGCAGAUGAUGCGCAUGCAGCAGAUGUCCCAGCCCCCGCAGCCUCCGCAGCAUCCACCGAAGCUGCAGGGUGAGAAGGAGGCCCCCCAAUCUGCAAGCCAAGAUCCUAACAACUUUACCUUCGAGGUCUACUUGCAACGACUAGAAGGAAUGAGGCUUGGUCUGAGCGUGCUUCCUGUGACGAUUCAUGAUGUAGCUGCUUUGUGGGUCAAUGAUGUGUCAGAAGGCGGUGCAGUGGAUGCCUGGAACAAGUCAGUAUGUGCAGCAUUCCAUGUUAGAAGCGGCGAUGCCAUCACAAGAGUUUUUGAUGCUGCUGGAGACCAUGCCAAGAUGAUGGAGGUACUUCAAAGUCAUCGCAACAUUCGCCUUGCUGUGCUCCGACAAGGAGGCAGCGGCGCCCAGCAGCAACCUCCGCCUGCGCAAGCUGCCAAAGCUCCUGCAAAGCCUGCUCAACUUCAACCGGCGUUGCCGCCGAAAACUUUGCCUGCUCAACGUCAGGCUGAAGACAUGAGCCAGUCAUCAGCCAGGCCAUUGACUGUUCCUGUGCCUAGUUUGGCCCCUGGCUUGAGCUUGAAAGGCAACGAUGAGGUUGGUGACAGUCAAACCCACGAUUCCCUUGAGCAGAUGAAAUCUGGCCCUCCUGGGUUGCCAGUGCCAUUGAACUCGCAAGCGGCAGAAGGUGUAGAUGAUCCAGGUGAUCUUAUUGGAAGCAUUGACAUUCAAGAAAGUGGAACGAAUGGACCGUUGCGGUUCAAGGUUGUGCUUGCAAGAAAGGGUCCUGGACGAUUAGGCAUUGAUGUUGUGCUCAAGCGAGAGGCCAACUUCUGCGGCCUCUUAGUGUACAAUGUCAGCGAAGGUGGCAGAGUGGAGGCCUGGAACGAACAGAGCCAGAUGCCCUACCGGGUUUUGCCAGGUGACAACAUACUGGAGGUCAAUGACAUCAGUAUCAGUGGAGAGAGCAACGCCCAGAACGACAAGUUUGCAGUGAGGAUGAUCCAGGAACUGUCCAAAGAUCAGAAGAAUGUGCAUUUCACAGUGGAGAGGUCGCAAGGCACCCUUGGUCUUGGUGAAGAUCUGGUACUUUCUCAGGAUGAUGAUGAGGAUUUGGUACUUGGAGGUGAUGGCCGUCCUUUGCACAUUCCAAGACCUGUUGGACUUGACAAGAUGGGGCAGGAUGACUUGCCAGCAGGUCUGGCAAAGUCAGCUCAGAUGAAGGCAAUGCCGGCAACGCCCAAUGUUCCAAUCCCAAUGCAAAGGUGGGAGCGAAAGGCAGGAGCACCUUUGCCUCCUGGUGCAGGACAGAGAGUAGAUGACUCCUUCCCAGAUGGAGAAGCUGAUGGUUUUGAAGGUGAUGGCGCAGAAUUUCUCAAAGAGGAGGAAACUGCGGCACCGCCUACGGAGGAGACUAAGCAUGCGAAGGAGGAGAAACCCAAAGCAAAGUCUGAGGAGGACCUCAAGGAUGCGAAGGAGGAGAAACCGAAAGCAAAGUCUGAUGAGGAGGACCUCAAGGAGACCAAGGAUGCGAAGGAGGAGAAACCCAAAGCAAAGUCUGAGGAGGACCCCAAGGCACAACAGAAGACCAAACCCAAAGCAAAGUCUGAGGAGGAGACCAAGGAUGCGAAGGAGGAGAAACCCAAAGCAAUGUCUGAGGAGGACCCCAAGGCCAAGGCUGAACCAAAGGAGGCUGAGGCUAAGCUGAGUUUGCCUGCACCACCCAGUGGCCCGGCGCCUCCACCCCCGGAAGCGCAAGCACCCAAGGCCAAAGGCCAAGGAUGA